UAUCUAAUCCUUCAAAGCUCUGUUAAUGAACCAAUUCUCUUAGCUUUGCUUGAAUUUCUCAUUUAGUUUUCAUAAAUGGAAGAUUGCUCUCUCCCUCAGGACUCAUUGUUCCUUGGUUUUGACUGUUCCACUCAGUCACUGAAGGCAACUGUGUUAGAUGCUAAUCUCAACAUAGUUGUAUCAGAACUUGUGAAUUAUGAUUCUGAGUUGCCUCACUACAAUACAAAAGGUGGAGUAUUUCGAGACCCAUUCGUAAGUGGCAGAAUUGUAUCACCAACAUUAAUGUGGGUUGAAGCACUAGACCUCAUUCUCCACAGACUUGAAAAGUCAAAUGUUGACUUUGGAAAAAUUGCAGCUGUUUCUGGUAGUGCUCAGCAACAUGGUAGUGUUUAUUGGAAAAAUGGGAGUUCUAAGAUAUUAUCAUCUUUGGAUCCUAAAAAAGUACUUGUGGAUCAAUUUCAUGAUGCUUUUUCGAUCAAGGAAUCGCCCAUGUGGAUGGACUGUAGCACCACAGAACAAUGCAAAGCUAUUGAGAAAGCUGUUGGUGGUGGUUUGGAGUUGGCCAAACUUACUGGUUCUCGAGCACAUGAAAGAUAUGUCGGUCCUCAAAUUCGAAAGAUUUUCGAAACACAGCCUGAAAUUUAUCGGAAUACAGAGAGGAUAUCGCUAGUUAGUUCUUUUAUGGCGUCACUCCUUAUUGGUGGAUACGCUUGCAUUGAUCAAACUGAUGGCGCGGGAAUGAAUCUCAUGGACAUUGAGCACAGAACCUGGUCCAAGAUAACUCUGGAGGCUACUGCACCUGGUUUAGAGGAGAAACUUGGAAAGUUAGCACCUGCUUAUGCUGUUGCUGGUUCUAUUGCCUCCUAUUAUGUUGAGAGGUACCACUUCAACAAAAAUUGUGUAGUUGUUCAGUGGUCUGGAGACAAUCCUAACAGCUUAGCAGGGUUGACCCUCAACACUUAUGGGGAUCUUGCAAUCAGUCUUGGCACAAGUGACACCGUCUUCGGGAUUGCCACUGAUCAUAGACCUAGCCUAGACGGACAUGUAUUUCCUAAUCCGGUAGAUACCAAAGGCUUCAUGGUAAUGUUGGUCUACAAGAAUGGGUCUUUGACUCGUGAAGAUAUACGUGAUCGCUAUGCAGAUGGAUCUUGGGAGGCUUUCAAUAUGUUUCUACAGCAAACUCCGCCUUUGAAUGAUGGAAAGAUCGGCUUUUAUUACAAAGAGCAUGAAAUACUUCCUCCUCUUCCAGUUGGUUUCCACCGCUACAUUCUUGAUAAUUUCAUUGGUGACUCUGCGGAUGGAGUAGUAGAAUGUGAAAUAGAGGAGUUUGAUCCGCCUUCAGAGGUUCGAGCAUUAAUUGAGGGGCAGUUGCUCUCCAUGCGAGCUCAUGUUGAGAGACUUGGAAUGGCUUCUCCACCAAAGAGGAUUAUUGCAACUGGAGGAGCAUCGGCAAAUGAUCACAUACUGACAAUCGUUGCUUCCAUUUUUGGGUGCAAUGUCUAUACAGUCCAAAAGCCAGACUCAGCUUCCCUUGGAGCGGCGUUGAGAGCUGCUCAUGGUUGGUUGUGCAACAAGAAGGGAAAAUUUGUGCCCAUCUCUAAUAUGUAUUUCGGGAAAUUGGAGAACACAUCCCUAAGCUGCAAGCUUGCGGUGCCUGCUGGUGAUCAAGACCUUGUUGACAGAUAUACUUUGUUGAUGAAGAAGAGAUUGGAAAUUGAGAAUCGUCUCAUCCAAAGAUUGGGACGUUGGUAAAAGAACUCAGGACAUGUACUGCAUGCAGUUUUUACACAGACUGGCUGAACAUGUUUUUAGUUUCAGACUUCAGAGUUGCCAAUAGUUUAUAUUGUUCAAUCAAAAUUUUUGCGUCUGCUGAACCACAAAGCACUCAAUGGAGAAAAGGGAACGUUACUUAAAAAAUAAAAGAAAAAAGAAAACGAAAGAUAAAGCAAUUUCACACAAACAAGCAUGUUUGAACUUUCAUAGCAGCAGAAGUCAUUUCAGCAUACAAGACACCAUUAAAAUACAAACUAGUACUGGAAUGUCUAAAAUGCCGCAACUGAAGAA